AUGAACCGAUUGUCCGCGAGUGCUGGGGCGAUAAGCGCUUCACGGUCUGUCCUCCAACUUCGAGAUUGGCGCAAGAUGCUGUCUUGUGACAGGGGGAAUAGAGUGUACGUAGAGUACCGCUAUUUCUGCUGGAGAGUUGUCGACGAUCACCCGGAUCCUAAGUUUCGCGGCGACACUCAUGUCGAUAGCUUCAAGGUGAAGGCAGUGAGUAGGCAAUGCCAGGCUCCUGGUUGCCGGGCUUGCACGGUAACACACGAGUCGGGCUCCUGGCGCUUCGACCUUUGGGCAGGUCCUGACCGUCAAAUCAGUGAUAAAUAUAUUUCUAAGAAACAUCGAUAUGAAGACGACACUACGUCUGAUAAACUUAGCACUUAUAUUUCGCACUCACACGAGUUGCAGACGUGAUAACAAGACAGGACCGCUGAUAAUGCGAUAUCAGAUCCCACCCGCAGUCGCCGAUUUCGCAUCAUUGUGAGACAGUGCACCGACCGAGAAGGAAGGCCCCUGGGAAGGACGGAGCGAGUGAGGCAGGGGCGGUGAGGACUGAGGACCGGCAGCGAGUGCAACGCGGACAUCCAGACGUCAAGGAAGCCUUUGCAGCCACCAUGUCUCCCGCAACCGCCAUCUCCGGGGCGUUCCUGGUCGUCCUCCUCAUGUGGACACUGGGAUCGCUGACAACACGGCGAGCGACUCCUUCGCUCGAGGGGAACAGUUUUGAAGACCGAUGUCUCUGCUACGAUCACGUUCUCGACUGUUCCUCUAAGAACAAGAGCGUUUUUCUACCGGAACACAUCUGCGAUGAAAACCCGAUAGUUAUAGAUGUUUCUUGGAAUGCCCUGUCUUCCGGAGAUAUGUCGUGUUACGUGACUGAAGAAGGAACAUUGUUCUGUGGACUUCCUGCAGUAUUUGUAAAAAAGGUUGAAGUGUUUCUAGUGCACGGAAACCAACUGGAAACUUUUAUAGCUCAUGGUGACGCAUAUAUACGUUUGCGGAUACUCAAUUUGUCAUUGAAUCGCAUUUCAGAGGCUCAGUUCUAUUCUUUAGAUGAACUGGAAGUUUUACAUUUUUCAUACAAUAACCUGACCACUGUGCCUUGGAAUGACAUAAAGGAAUCGUUCCCAAAUGUGAGAGAAAUAGACCUAUCACAUAACUUUAUUUCUUUGGAUGGACAGGAUGAGUUCCGAUACGCAUUUAAUGUACGUAGUUUGAAUCUAUCCCAUAAUAACAUAAAGGAGUUUUAUCAACAUGGGACUGAAGAUUUGCAUUUGCUACAGACGUUAGAUUUAUCUGAAAAUCCACUGCAGUACAUCAAAUACGAAUUUAGUUCUUUACGUAACUUGAAAUACCUAUAUUUGUCUAACGCGACCAUCAGUGGAUUGCUGACUGAAACAUUUUAUUGUCUUGAAUUUCUACAAAUUCUAGAUUUAUCACGAAACAACUUGACAAAUUUUCCUAAAGGAGUUUUAGGACAUGCUGUGAAUCUACAAUAUCUCGAUUUGUCCCACAACAAACUCGAUGAAAUAGAAUUCAAAGAAGUACCUGACGGAUUCAGUGCAUACCAGCGGUGCUACGAAACUAACGCCAGACCUCUACUGAUCACUCCUCUACGCAUGCUGAGCACUUUAGAUCUCUCGUAUAACCAAAUAGAACGGAUAACAAGUGAUACGUUUCCCGCUCUGGUCGGCCUGCGUGCGCUGAACCUAUCCCACAACGCGCUGAGCUACUUCACGGGCGAGUCGCUGCAGGCGAUGGCAGAGCUGGAGGUGUUGGACCUGUCGUACAACCGCCUCACCGGCUUGCCGUCGGGGGCGUUCGCCUCGUCGAAGAAUCUCAUCAGUCUCAACGUUUCCAACAACUUUCUGCUGUCGCUGGGCGGCGGCGGGGCCUUCGUGGGGUUGGCGGCCCUGCGCGAGCUCGACGCCAGCUGGAACUUCGUGGCUGAGCUGGAGGCGGGCGAGCUCGACCCGCUCGUGCACGUGGAGCGUCUCGAUC